AUGUUCAAACCCGCCGGGUCGUUCGAAAGCUCGUUCAACAACGCAACUGAGGACCAGUUCAAUAAGGCCAUCGCCUUUCAGCAACGCUAUCCUCCUCCGUCCAACACCACGCCGCCGGCGGACCGCAUCCAGGUCGUCCUUAGGCUCGGCUUGGAUGCGUGGAGGUUCAUCCCCGAUCCAUCUGCCAGCGGCAUUGUCACGAGCACGGAUUAUUCGGUCACAUUCACCCAAGUUGCGGACCAAUGCUGCCUGAGCAACCAUCCGCUCCUGCCCAGCAACGGCUUGGAAUACAGCUAUUUUGAGGUCUACGUUUCCGACGUGCAGUACAGCCCUCACACCACGGUCAUCUCGGUCGGUGUCGCCACCAAGCCUUAUCCUUCCUUCCGACUGAUUGGAUGGAACGCCUGGUCCGUUGGCUACCACAGCGACGACGGACGGCUAUUCAACAAUGACGCUUUUGGCGGCCGUCUCUUUGCUUCGCCUUACACCAAGGGCCACACCGUCGGGUGCGGAUACAACCCAAAGACUGGAGCAGUGUUCUAUACCCUCAACGGCACUUUGCUAGGCGAAGUGGUCAGAGGGCAGCCUCAUCCCUAUCACGCCGCCGUUGGUGCCGAUGGCCCGUGCCGGCUUCAGAUCAAUGUCGGACAGCAACCAUUCAUGUAUCUGCCCGCAAAUGGCAUUGCUACAUCGAUAGCACCACCCUCCUACUCGGCAUGA